AUGGGUAAAAAGGAAAAAUCCGAACACCACCACCACAAGGAACAUCGAGAUAAAUCUCGCAAGAAACACAAACAUCAUCAUAAAUCCUCAACAAAACAUAAAAAAUCAGACAAACUGGAGCCGUCUAAGAAUAAAAAACCUUCCACUCCAAUAGAGCAGUUGGCGGAGGCACCACAAAUUGUCGAGGAGGACAUAAUUGUGGAUGAGAAUUUCUCACAAGAAAUGCAGCUGAACGAAAACGAGUCGUCGUCCAUGAUGGUCUAUGAUGAGGAAAAUGUUGACAUAGAAGUGGAAGAGGUAACACUGGAUUGUAGUGUGGAUGAUAGCAAGGCGGAAGAAGAUUCCGGCCAGGUAAUAGAAAAAGUGGAAAAACCAAAGAAACCGAAUAAAAAACAGGAUAACGUAGCGACACCCACAAACAAACCCUCUACAUCCGCCUCAUCGUCUGUCCCAACAACUGUUGGUGGCAAUUCCAAAAAAUCCAAGAAAAGACGUGAUAGUGGCACCUCCAGUGAGGAAGAACGUUGGCUCACCGCCAUCGAAUCGGGUAAACUGGAAGAAAUCCCAAAUUAA